AUGAUAAAUAAUUCAUCAGCUUUUCAAGAUGCCCUGGCACGUGCUCGACAAGUAGCACAAAAAAUAACUGCAGCAGCACCAAAUCCUUCUGGAGGUGCAUCAUUAAAACGACCAAAUAAUGAUGAUGAUUAUUCCAAUAAACGUCCAGCAUUUACUUCACCAACACAAACAAAUGAUAUUCCACCGCCUGUUUUACGUGCACAACAAGUUGCCCAACAAAUUAAUUCUCAAUUAGGCGUUAAAUCAUCACCAGCUGAUUCAUCAUCAUUACCGUUAUCAAAUCAAUUAACAUUUCAAGAAGAUUAUAAAAUUCCAGAUAAAUUUGUUGGCUUAAUUAUUGGCAAAGGUGGUGAACAAAUAAUUCGACUUCAAGCUGAAAGUGGUUGUAAAGUUCAAAUAUGUCAAACACGACCUGAACCUAUUCCCGGUGGUCCAAAUCCACCGGAUCGUUUAGCAAAUUUAUGUGGUACAAGAGAUGCUAUUGAACGUGCUAAACGUAUUAUGGAUGAUAUAAUAGCAAAAGGAAAAAUGGCUGAAGGUGGUCCUAUUGGUAUAAAUCCAUAUUCAAUGGGUGGAACAAAUAUAAAAUCAAUUGAUGUUAUGUUACCAUCAGCUAAAUGUGGAUUAGUUAUUGGUAAAGGUGGAGAAAAUAUUAAACGAGUAUCAGAAGAAUUUGGUGUUAAAAUGUAUGUUGCACAAGACACAACUGAUAUUGAUGGUAUUGAACAUAAACCAUUAAAAAUGACAGGAGAAGCUGAUAAAGUUGAACGUGCUAAACAAUAUAUACUUGAUUCAUUAGCAAAAUCAGGUGGUAUACCAGUGCCAAAUCGUUUUAAUACAAAUUCAGCUAAUACAACAUCAUUUAAUGAUUAUGGUUCACGAACUGGUAGUACACCGAUGAGUGGUCCAUGUAAUGAAGCAAAUUAUCAUGCACCACAUGAUAAAGCAGGAAUUAUAAUUGGCAAAGGUGGUGAAAGUAUUAAAGAAAUCAAUCGAAGAUCAGGUGCUUUUGUUGAACUUGAUAAAGCUUAUAUACCAGCUAUUGGAAAUUCAUCGGAUAGAUUAUUUAAAUUACGUGGUACACCUGAACAAAUAGUUGCAGCACAACAAUUAAUGUAUGACAAAAUUAUUAAUAGUCCCGGUGGUCCUGGUGACAUGUUAACACCAUUACAAUUUCAACAACAAUUUAAUUUACCGUUAGUUGGAUCCAAUCAAGUAGAUUCAUGGAGUGGAAAUAAUGAUCCAUAUGCACAUGAUGCUAAUGGAGCAACUGCAAAUGAUCCUUAUAGUCAAUGGGCAAAUGCUUAUGGACAAUGGCCUCCAAUGAAUCCGUAUGAUAAUAGUACAUCAACUAAUAAUUCAUCAUCAACUGCUGAUGCAUCAGCAAUGCCACAAAUGGAUCCAGCUUGGUUAGCUUAUUAUCAAUCAAUGAGUUAUUAUAAUAUGAUGCAAGCAGGUAUGACAGGAGCUACUACUUCGGGUACAUCAACAAGUACAACAACAACAAAAGCAACAGAUUCUACAGCUCCCAACAAUAAUAACUCGACAACACCUGCAAUUAAUCCAACUACUGGACAACCUGAUUAUAGUCAACAAUGGAUAGAAUAUUAUCGAUCAAUUGGACAAAAUGAUAUUGCUGAUCAAAUCAUGCAACAAAUGAAAGAGGUAAUAGAAUUAUUCUAUAUUAAUUAUUGUCACUGAUGAUUAUUUUUUUUUCCUCAAUCUCAUUCAAUUUAUCUCAAGAGUUCACAACUUUUUAGUGAUUCUAUAUGUUUCAUUUGACUUAGGAAAGAAGUCUUCUAACUGAUAACUUGCUUUUGAGUCGAUGCUCUAUGUAUUAUGUAGACACAAAUAAGUUGUAAAUAUUCUGUAAAGAGUUCAUGUGUUCUUAGUUUAUUACUACUGACGAGGGAACCGCCCGAAGUGAUUCAAAGCUUUUAAGCCAAUAUUUUGCCGAUAAGUAGAGCCCAAUGAGACUAGAAAAAGCCCAAAAGUACAAGGGCCCAUGGGCCUUCCUUCUCGAGUUAUGGUCAUUUUACUGGGUUUAUCACCUAUGAUACGAUAUUCACCGAAAAAUCAAAUUAAGGAGUUUCGACCUG